ACUUCAUUAGAGGAGUACAUGGAAUCAUUUGCCCUACCACUGAUGGAAGAAACUCGAGCUGAUCUCUACUCUGCUCUGGAGGGUAUCAAGCACGCACCAGCCACUGAAGUGAAACGGAUUGAGGAACUUUGUUCCAAGCAGUCCAUAUUCAGUAUAUUGGUCAAGAAGGCUGACCCUGACAGAGACCCAGGGGAAGUUUAUGCCCUCAAGGAUUCUGAUAUACUUGUUUUCUUGGAUCGGAAACCGAGGCAUAUUUCAGACUUGGGACGAAGCAAGGUGCCUUAUGUGAUUGCCUCAGUGCUGAAAGCAGAGGAUGCUAACGGCAAUGCGAUUGUAAAGCUGUCAAGGGCGAGACAAGAUCUUGCACCGCCUCUUUUUGCGGUGUUCCUGAUCAACAUGACUACGUACAACCGUAUAUGGAACGCACUGGAUCUGCAUGUUGCAAGACUUAGGAACACUACCAUCAUUGAGAAGAUCGUAAAUUAUUCUCCAGGGGAGGACAAGUCAGAACUACCUUUACAUUUGCAAGACAGAGCACUUGACCUUAAAAAUUUCAGCCUCAACAAGUCACAACAGAUGGCAGUGCUUGAUUGCGUUUCAGCAAUGGAGCAGCAGGAUACAUAUCCGGUGCGUCUGAUAUGGGGACCUCCUGGCACAGGCAAGACGAAGACCAUUAGCACUCUCCUGUGGUCCAUGAUGAUCAAGAACCACAGAACACUGACAUGCGCACCGACGAACACUGCAGUGGUGGAGGUUGCAUCUCGGGUCCUCAGCCUCAUUGAGGAUUCCUCUGUUGGAAGUGGAAAAAAAUGCUUUCUGAGUGAUGUUGUGUUGUUUGGAAAUGAGGAUCGAAUGAACGUGGAUCAGAGACUCACAAAGAUUUUCCUGGAGAAGCGUGUUCGUCGUCUCCAGCGGUGCUUGACGCCAGGUUCAGGGUGGACCAACUGUCUGAGUUCCAUGGUACGAAUUCUUGAGGAACCCUUGGUUCAGUAUGAUUCGUAUGUUCAGAAAAUUGAAAGGGAGAUCCAGGAACGUGCUAAGAAGGAAAAAGAGGAACGUGCUAAGAAGGAAAAAGAGGAACGUGCUAAGAAGGAAAAAGAGGAACGUGCUAAGAAGGAAAAGAAUAAGAAGGCAGAAGUAAAGGAGGAUCUUGAUAGGAAGGAAAAGAACAAAAAUGUGCAGGUAAAAGAGGAACCUAAUAAGAAGCAUGUACAGAUAAUGUCGUUCAAGGAUUACUUCUUACGUAAUUACAAGCAAGCCGAAAAUGAACUGCGCAUCUGCAUUGAGACUUUCUGCAGUGAUCUCCCCAGAUCUGCUACAUCUGGGCAGAACUUCUGUUACAUGACUGAGGUUGUACACAUGCUUAAAGAGUUUGGGAAAGUCGUGCAGAAUGAACCUGAGAAGCAGCUGCAAACCCUGUUCAGAGACACCUCCGAUGGAAGAAACAGUUCAUUGUUUCAGAGUCUUUUGGGUUAUGCGCAAGACAGCGUGCGUUCAGAGCUGAAGCAGGCAAGAUCCAUGUGUAUUGAGAAAUUAAGUUACUUGUCUAACAACUUUCACCUUCCAGAUAUUUUUGAGAAGCGGUCAAUUGAGGAGUUCCUGCUGCAGAACAGCAAGAGCAUACUUUGCACUGCCUCAAGCUCAUCUCGUUUGCACUACCUGCAAAAUGCCAAGCCAUUUGACCUCCUUGUAGUUGACGAGGCGGCACAGCUGAAGGAGUGUGAAUCACUGAUACCGCUGCAAAUUCCUGGCAUCCGUCUUGCUGUUCUCAUCGGAGAUGAAUACCAACUACCAGCACUUGUGAAAAGCAAGGUAUGUGAGGAAGCUGAUUUCGGAAGGAGCCUGUUUGAGAGGCUAAGUUCUCUGGGGCACCCUAAGCACCUUCUUGAUGUGCAGUACAGGAUGCACCCGGGGAUAAGCAAGUUUCCGGUCUCAAGCUUUUACGGCAACCAGAUCGCUGAUGGUGAGAACGUCCUACACAGAAACUAUGAGAGGAAGCACCUGACUGGCCCAAUGUAUGGUUCCUACUCGUUCAUCAACAUCGACGGCGGAAAGGAAAGCUUGGGCAAGCACGACAAGAGCCUAAUGAACACCAUCGAGGUCGCUGCCGUGACCCGGAUCGUGCAAAGAUUGUUCAAAGAGUCCAUGGAAACAAGGAGGACGCUCAGCGUGGGCGUUGUGUCGCCAUACAAGGGCCAGGUUCGUGCCAUCCAGGAGAAGCUUGGUAGGACGUACGAGGUGCCUGGCAGUUUCUCCGUGAAGGUCCGAUCAGUGGACGGGUUCCAGGGUGCCGAGGAGGAUAUCAUCAUCUUCUCCACCGUGCGGAGCAAUAGCGCCGGAAAAGUCGGCUUCCUUGACAACGUGAACCGUACCAACGUGGCGCUGACACGGGCCAAGCACUGUCUCUGGAUAGUAGGGAAUGCGACCACAUUGGUGAGCAGCAAGACGGUUUGGCGGAAGAUAGUAGCAGAUGCCAAGGAGAGAGGCUGCUUUUUUGACGCAAACGACGACAAGGACCUUUCAGGCGCAAUCAUCAAAGCCGUCAUUGAGCUGGAUGAAGUGGAGAGUUUGCUCAACAUGGACAACCUCCGUAUUGGCGGAUCACGCUCUGGGAAACCCAAGAACAAGUAAAUAUGAAACUCUAAAUGGAGUUUGGGAUGUACGGAUGCGGAUCACUCUUGUCGUCGCUGGCGAGAGGAAGGAAUUACUACUGGAGUAGCUACUCUUUUUAAGUUCCAGGGCAUUACAUGCUUUCUUGUAUUGAUAUUGAAGACUUCUGUGUUUGCAAGAUGGUUUUCUUCACUACUAUUUAAACCCAUAGUGCCACAAAUUCUCUUGUUCGA